GUUUUUUGUGUCACGAGAGCGCAGCGCCAAAAAGCCACGUUCUGCUAAAGCUCCGCGAGCAUCCAGUCUACUGCAGAAUCAGAUAGACUUUUAAAUUGGUUAUAUCAGAAGAGUUGGGAUCUGUGACGGCUCUUCAUGGCAGUCAGAAGGGGACACGUUAGAUACUUAAAAGAGGUCUAUGACAUGUCGAACGGUUACGAAGAUCACAUGGCCGAUGAGCCUAAAGAUGCCAAAACAAACCUCAUCGUCAACUACUUGCCUCAGAAUAUGAGCCAAGAUGAGCUGCGGAGUCUCUUCAGCAGCAUCGGGGAGGUGGAGUCUGCUAAACUUAUUCGUGACAAAGUUGCAGGCCACAGUUUAGGGUACGGAUUUGUUAACUAUCUUAACCCUAAUGAUGCAGAAAGAGCAAUCAGUACUCUCAAUGGACUGAGACUACAGUCUAAAACUAUCAAGGUGUCAUAUGCCAGGCCAAGCUCUGACACCAUAAAGGAUGCCAACCUUUACAUCAGUGGGCUACCUAAAACAAUGACGCAGAAGGACGUAGAAGAAAUGUUUACACGUUAUGGCAGAAUAAUCAACUCCCGUGUCCUCGUCGAUCAAGCGUCAGGACUCUCUCGUGGUGUGGCUUUCAUUCGAUUUGACAAGAGGUCGGAGGCAGAGGAUGCAAUUAAGGACUUGAAUGGGCAGAAGCCACCAGGCGCUGCAGAGCCCAUCACUGUCAAGUUUGCUGCCAGUCCCAACCAAGUGAAGAACUCACAAAUUAUUUCCCAGGUUUACCACACACAGCCUCGCCGCUUUGGUGGGCCCGUCCACCACCAGGCCCAGAGAUUCAGGUUCUCUCCUAUGAGUGUAGACCACAUGAGCGGCAUGUCUGGCGUUAACAUGCCUGGAAACUCCUCGUCAGGCUGGUGUAUUUUUAUUUACAACCUGGGCCAGGAUGCAGAUGAGGGCAUUUUGUGGCAGAUGUUCGGGCCCUUCGGUGCUGUCACAAAUGUCAAAGUGAUCCGUGAUUUCAACACCAACAAGUGCAAGGGAUUUGGGUUUGUUACCAUGACAAACUAUGAAGAGGCUGCCAUGGCUAUCGCCAGCCUCAACGGCUACCGCCUCGGGGACAAGAUUUUACAAGUAUCGUUCAAAACAAGCAAGUCGCACAAGUAGAAAGCAGGGUUGCCAGGAAAAUGAAGAAGGGGGUUUUCUGCGAAGCCAGAGAAAUUGGUGACGUUUUGAAAAAGAAAAUUAUUAUUUUUAGUGUAAUCAAGUCUUCGCAAAUGUUCAAGUUUCGCAGUCUUGUUUAGACAGUUUCUUUUAAGAUUCAAGCUGUUGAAUGCUUCAAAUGCAAGUGUUUUAGGCGUUCUGGUUUAUCCCAAUAUACGACCAAUUUUUCGUUUAAUUCAAAUUUGUCUCUGAUGUUAGCCUGGUGUUGUUGCUAUGUGCCAUAUGUGGCCGGACACCUCGUUCACUCGAUGCUGGAUUUAAAACUCAGAUUUUUUUUCUUUCUUUUGUCAGUAUCUCCAUCCUAUAUAGCUCUUCAGUAUUUAUGAUGCCUUAAUUUGAUGUCAUUUUUCCACUCUGCCCUCAAUAAUGUAGCACUUUUUGGUUUGGCAGGAAUCUCAUUUCCCAUCUCACAACAAUCUGAGUCUUAAAUCCUGCAUGCUGAGUGCUCCUUAGAGAAGAGGUAACGGCAAAGAAAAGGCCUGUUUUAGUGAGGGGAAAAUCUUUAACUAACUUGUUAAUCUUUUGUAAGGGACCCUCUGAAAAGACUGAACUAAGAAGGACCAAAGACAUGAAUGGAAGGUUUAGUUUCACUGGCAGAGGUGCAUGUUGCACAUCCCUAAGAAUAUUCCAAAAAUAUUUGGACAUUGAAUACUAGGUACUGAGUAUUUAUGUAAAGUGUAAUCACAUUUGAGCAUCAGCAUCUUCUGUAUAUGGUUUGCGUUUUCUUUUGUUUUUGUUUCUCUAGGCUAAUACAUUAAGUUUAGUUUGUUUAUUUGAAAAUGGAUAUCCAGUACUAAUGCAAAUGCUUUUUAAGACUGCCUUGUGAUAUUUGUGUUUUGUUUUGUUCUUUUUUUUUUUUUUCGCUUUUGUUUUUCCUUUGGAAACCUUUCAUUUUGUUUCACAUGGCAUUUACAAUCAUUAAAUUUUAUUUUGUUUUGCUCAACUUUUUGUUUUGUUUCUUUAUUUUAUCUUUUAAUUCGUUCUUUAAUUUUCUCUAUUCAUAGGUACAAUGCAGUGCAAGUCAAGACUAUUUCCAUAUUUACAGAUGCAGAUGGCUGAGUUUAAGGCCCUUGCAUACCAAGAAUUAACACUCAUAACUAUAUUAGCAUCCACACCAGUGGUAAAGAAUGUUUUAUUAAAUCUUAAGUGUGCUGUUUUUUUUUUUUUUUUUUGUCUGCCAUUUUAAACGCUCAAGCUUCAACCAAGCGUUAACCCAAAACUAUCCCUAUUUUUUUCAUGACUUGCCCUCAAAUUGUCACAAACCUUUGUCUUUUAUCUGCUUAAAAUAAAAGAAGAUAUUUUGAAGGAGAACCAGACAGUUUAUGGUGCCCAUUGACUUCAUAGUAGGAGAAAAAAUACCAAGUCAAUGGGGUCCAUCAACUGUAUUGUUACCAACAUUCUUCAAAGUAUAUUGUUCAGCAGAAGAAAGAAACUCAUACAGGUUUGGAACAACAUGAGGGUGAGUAAAUUGACAAAUUUAAAUUUUUGGGUGAACAAUCCUUUUAAAAUCAGGUGGAUUCUGAUGUUAUGCCUUAGCUCAAAAUCGUUCCGAAAGUAAUUCAAUGAUAUUGUUUUUCUGUGCCGUUCUAGUUGUGGUUUGUACCAUGCUAAUAUAUAUUUAGAAGGACUGUUUGUUUAGAGCUAUCUUAGUUGAUGGCGAUAGCCCUUGGUGCGAAUGGGUCUUUAAACCCCGAGACCUCAUGACAAACACUAAAUUACCACAUUUCAUAUUUUUAAUUUUGAGGAUGAGAUCUUUAGUAUUUAUUUUUCAGGCAUCAGACCAAAUCAUAAAUAUACAAUCUGACAACGUUUGACUUUUUUGAUUUGGCCAAUGGAGUGCCGUUUAUUUUGCCUUUCUCAGUGGUUCAUAUUCAACUUUUUCCAGAGUUUUUCAGUUGUAGUUCACAGUAAUGACCAGUGGGGAAGAUAGAAAUGGAUAGAAGCUCAAUCUAACAGUUGUACAGUCAUGUUCCUCAGCUUUUGAGGUCUUCCAAAUAUUAGUUUGUAAAGCCCCACAUAGGUUCCUCUGUUGUUGGACAAACCCAUGAAUUUUUCCAAGAUGCCCUGUGUAAAUUGAUCAUUUUCAGCACAGACAGUUCUUAGGCUCCCUCUGCUACAUGACUUAAGGUUUGUAUUGUGUGUGCGUGCAUAUAUUUAUAUUAUUGGUGACUGACAUUAAUCCUAAAUGUUUUUGUACAGUGACUCACUGUUUUUGGUCAGGUUUGUAAUAAGCAGUUUACUAUUCUUGCAUCAUCUGUUACUUUAUGGUUCAUGUGAACCUAUUAGCAGCUUUACAGCCACUGUUGGUUACAUGUCAUUUAUAUAAAACACUUGGCAUUCUCUUUUUGUGCACGUUUUGGCAUAUGUGCAAUAUUGAAAAGUGAUUCAUAAUGAAUAGUAGUAAUUAUUAUAGCAACCGUUUCCCUUUUCAUCUUUUUGAUAUCCUGAUGUUUAAAAAAAUUAUAUUGCCCAAUGUUAAGUCAACUGAGAUACCAGUUGUAAGAAAUAUCAAAUAGGAUUUACUGGACGGUUGCUCAUUUUAAGCCUUAAUUUAUGUAGAAUAUACUGGAAGUUUAUUGAAUGGUAGAAUUAUUUAUAUAGCUUGUGUAUGGUUUUAUGUGUUGAUAUUGAGUGUCUUAAUUUUUUUUAAGUACUUUUUGAUUCUACAUUGAACUUCUGUUAUGAGCUACUGUCUAACGUGUAGUUGUGAAAUAAAAUAUCAGGCAUCAUUGCAAAAUCAGAAAA